AUGAGCAAUCUUCAGAUUAUAGAUGGCCGCAAAGCAAGCAUGAUGACCAUCAUCCCAAAUGGAGUACCAGUAGGAGCUGAGGGCUCCAAACUGGUGCUACGACAGGGCCUUGCAUGGGUCCUCUUCCUGACCAGGACCCUUUUGCAUUGCCCACAUGUCCAUAUGAUGUCACCACCCUACGUUCUGUAUUCUAUCAGUGACAAGCUGGUAUCCUGCAUUGUACUGGUGUACACCAUACUAUCUGAGAUCCACAGCUCAGCCCAGGCCUGUAGCCUUCGUCUACUGGAGUAUUACGAGGAUUUUGAGUAUUUACAAGAUGGAGACAUUGUAAUAGGAGGAGUGCUCACUGUGAAUAAGCAAGCGAGGCUUUCUAUAACAAAUCAGUCCAUUGUCAAACCAGUGCUUUGUAUUUAUCCCGACCCUCGUGAUUACAUCAAUUUAUUAGUCUUUCUUUUUGCCAUUGAGCAUGUAAACAUGAAUCCAAACAUUUUGCCAAAUAUCACACUUGGAUAUCAUUUCUAUGAUUCUUGUUUUUACGCAAGGAAAGCUGUGAAAAGUGUUCUACAGAUUCUAUCCGGACCAGAGAAAACUGUCCCAAAUUAUUCCUGUAUGUCACAGAACAAGCUGGCUGGUUUUAUUGGUGAUCACUAUUCAGCUACAACGAUCCCCAUAGCAGAUAUGUUAGGGGUAUAUGGAUAUGCUCAGAUAAGUUAUGGGGCUACAGACUACUCUUUGAGUGACAGACUUGUGUAUCCACAUUUUUUUCGAAUGGUUGAAAAUGAUUACACCUAUUGUAAGAUUGUAACCCAACUUCUGAAAUAUUUUGGCUGGACGUGGGUGGGAAUUGUGUUUACCUUUGAUGAAACUGGAGACACAGAGAGUCAGAUUUUAACAAAAUACAUGGCUAGAAAUGUUCAUGUUGGAGAAGACCUGCUCACAUACAAAUGUGGAACCGAAGAUCGACAGGACUCCAAAUGCAUACUUUUUCAUGUUUAUAUAAGUGUUGGGGAUGGCAUUCCAUGUUUCGAAUACAAGUUUGUCCUGUUUGGGAAGGUUUUCAAUAUCACUCCAUUCAUGAUACUGAGCCAGAAUGGCCUUCUGACGGGCAACAUCCUCAAGAGUAGCGGUCAAGGUUCUGUCUUUAACAGUCUUCGCAGAGAGAGGCAUGUCUUUGAUAUUCUGCACAAUUUCAUUCUUGUUUUUGAAGUCCAUAUUCCAAAAUCUAUGUGUUCUGAAAAAUGUUUGCCUGGAAAUAGAAAAGUCCCGAGACCAGGAGUACAAUCCUGCUGCUAUGACUGUGUCCCUUGUUCAGAGGGAGAAAUAACCAACAGAACUGAUAGUGAAAACUGUGAGAAAUGUUUAAGCAAUGAAUGGCCCAAUGGGAGGAAAGAUCAAUGUAUUCCCAAACUGGAAGAAUUUCUAUCAUACAAAAGUGAUACCAUUGCCGUUGUUUUGUCUUCUUUCUCAGUUUUAUGUUUCCUUAUGAAAGUUAUGAUAUUAGUCAUUUUUAUUUGGUAUCAAGACACGCCUAUUGUAAAAGCCAAUAACAAGAAGCUCAGCUUUGUCCUCCUGGUCUCCAUCAUGCUGAGCUUUCUCUGUGUGUUUCUGUUCCUUGGUCGUCCUGUGGAUAUAACCUGCAUGCUGCGUCAAACUGCUUUCGGAAUACUCUUCUCAAUAGCAAUCUCUUGCAUUUUGGGUAAAACUAUAAUUAUCUGCAUUGUUUUUAAUGCCACCCAACCCGGCAGUGUCUGGAAAAGCUUUGUUAGUUUAAAAGUCUCCAAUUGUUUUGUAUUCUGCUGUUCUGCUGUUCAAGUUAUAAUUAAUGUAAUAUGGUUGGCUAUUUCACCCCCCUUUAUGGAACUUGAUACAUAUUCUCAUCAAGGAACGAUCAUCAUUCAGUGUAAUGAAGGUUCAGUUAUUGCCUUCUACUCUGUCCUGGGUUACAUGGGAUUCCUGGCAGCUGUUAGUUUUAUUAUAGCUUUUUUAGCCAGGACAUUACCGGACAGUUUUAAUGAAGCCAAGUACAUCACCUUCAGCAUGCUGGUAUUCUGCAGUGUUUGGAUUGCAAUGAUCCCGGCCUAUCUGAGCACCAAAGGGAAAUACAUGGUGGCUGUAGAGAUUUUUGCCAUAUUAACCUCAAGUGCUGGAUUUUCAGGAUGUAUAUUUUUCCCCAAAUGUUUCAAUAUUAUAUUCAGACCAGAAAUAAACACAAAAUCCCAUUUAUAUGGGAGCGUAAAAAAAAAUUGGGGACCAUAA